CAAGAGUCAAAUGUGAUAUGUCUGAAGAAGGGUGCUGCAAGCAUCUGUCACUGCCGAAUUUCCCUCAUUCCCUCACCUUAAUAAUAAGUUUCCCCCUUUUUUCUCGUUCUUCUUCCCUUCUUUUCAUUAAUUACUAUACAUCUCUCUUGAUCUGAUCCCCAUUUAUAACCAACAUAUCCACAAAAAAUAUUACCGUAAUAACAACUACAACUACCCAUAAUAAUCUAUCUUCUCUAUCAUAUCAUUUUCUGUAAAGAUGAAGAAGGCGACGGUGGGUGCGGUGGUGGUAGGGUCAGCUGCGGUGGUAGCACUAAUAGUGCGACACCGCAUGCGGAAAACGAGCAAAUGGGGACGUGCGAAGGCAAUUCUGAAAGAAUUUGAAGAGAAAUGUGCGACACCAGAUGCCAAGCUGAAGCAAGUGGCUGAUGCGAUGACGGUGGAGAUGCACGCUGGACUCGCAUCUGAAGGAGGCAGCAAAUUAAAGAUGCUUAUCAGCUACGUGGAUAAUCUCCCUACUGGCGAUGAAGAAGGAGUCUUUUAUGCAUUGGAUCUUGGUGGAACAAAUUUUCGAGUAUUGCGGGUGCAACUGGGGGGAAAGAGUGGCGGUAUUAUCCAUCAAGAAUUUGCUGAGGCAUCAAUUCCUCCAAAUUUGAUGGUUGGCAGUUCAGAAGCACUUUUUGACUAUAUUGCGGCAGAACUGGCAAAAUUUGUUGCUGCAGAAGAAGAAAAGUUCCAUCAACCUCCUGGUAGGCAGAGAGAAUUGGGCUUCACCUUCUCGUUCCCAAUAAUGCAGACUUCAAUCAAUUCUGGAACUCUUAUCAGGUGGACGAAAGGUUUCUCCAUUGAUGACACGGUUGGCAAAGAUGUUGUUGCAGAACUGGAAAAAGCCAUGCACAGACAAGGAGUUGAUAUGAGGGUGUCAGCGCUUGUGAAUGAUACUGUUGGAACAUUGGCUGGUGGUAGAUUCUCCAAUAAGGAUGUAUCCAUUGCUGUGAUAUUAGGUACUGGGACCAAUGCUGCAUAUGUGGAACGGGCCCAGGCAAUUCCCAAAUGGAACGGUCCUCUGCCUAAAUCUGGAGAAAUGGUGAUCAAUAUGGAGUGGGGUAACUUUAGGUCCUCCCAUCUUCCCUUGACAGAGUACGAUCAUGCAAUGGAUACUGAUAGUCUAAAUCCUGGUGAACAGAUAUUUGAGAAGAUAUGUUCUGGCAUGUACUUGGGAGAAAUUUUACGCAGAGUUCUACUUAGAAUGGCUGAAGAAGCUGGCAUUUUCGGUGAUGAAGUACCUCCAAAACUCAAGAAUUCAUUCAUAUUGAGGACACCUGAAAUGUCUGCUAUGCAUCAUGACACAUCCUCUGAUUUGAGAGUGGUUGGUGACAAGUUGAAGGAUAUCUUGGAGAUAUCCAAUACCUGCUUGAAGACAAGGAGAUUAGUUGUUGAGCUGUGUAAUAUCGUUGCAACGCGUGGCGCAAGACUUGCGGCGGCUGGGGUCUUGGGCAUUGUCAAAAAGAUGGGAAGGGAUACUCCCGAGGAAAGUGGUCAAGAAACGAUAGUCGUAGCCAUGGAUGGCGGAUUGUAUGAGCACUACACAGAAUACAGAAAGUGCUUGGAGAACUCUUUGGUUGGAUUGCUUGGAGAGGAAAUGUCAACAAGCAUUGUUUUCAAGCAUGCAAACGAUGGUUCUGGCAUUGGCGCCGCGCUCCUUGCGGCCUCUAACUCCCUGUAUGUUGAAGACAGGUCUUGAGAGUGAUCAAGAUGAUAUUUAGCUAGAGGAAACUCCCUUUUACCUUUUAUAUUAUGCUUUUCUCUUGCCUUUUCUUUUGGAUUUUCUCUCCUUCUUUUUGGUUCUUCUGACAGUUAUUUUCAAAAUUUUCCAGCACUUGUGCUUGGUUUAUAGUUUAGGAUAUUGUUCCUGGGAAUGCCAACUUUUUUCUUCUAGAAAAGGGUGCAAGGAAAUUAUAUGACAUUUAGCACUGCUAA